CGGGGUCCGGCCGGGGUGCCCACGCCGGGGUGGCACCGGGUGUCGCGGUGGCGGCUGGGACGGGCGUCCUCCAGCUGCCGGGCGCCCUCGGGCCCCGUCCGGAGGGAGGAGCCGCUGGGAGCCGUGCAGGGGGUGCUGCUGGGGAGUCACCUGCGCUCGGCCCCCCUCCCCCUGCCCAGGAGAAGUCUGGAUCCCCGGAGGGGGACGGCUCGGCUCCCGAGGUUCCCAGGGGCCGCCCCCUCUCCCCGCGGCCCUAGCGCCCCACCCCGCAAGUGCUCAGUCCAGGCGCACGCGGGAGUCCGGGAGGGGCGCCGGGGAGCCGGCGGGCUGGGCACCCGCUGCCCACCCUGCUCUGCAGGUGCUCUGGGCUGGAGAGGACUUGUGGCUCAACCUCCUGCAGCCACGGAGGGACACUGACCGAACCAGGACCGUAAUCACAGGCCCACAAGUGCCCCCAGGGUCCCGAGCAGGGGCUGGCUGCUCAGGAGGGUGUGAGUGGGUGUGCAAGGCAGGACGACCGGACUACGAUCUCCUGGUGAUUGGUGGGGGUUCCGGCGGGCUGGCCUGUGCCAAGGAAGCCGCUCAGCUGGGAAAGAAGGUGGCCGUGGUAGACUACGUGGAACCGUCCCCGCAAGGCACCCGGUGGGGCCUCGGCGGCACCUGCGUGAAUGUUGGCUGCAUCCCCAAGAAGCUGAUGCACCACGCAGCGCUGCUGGGGGGCAUGAUCCAAGACGCCCCCUACUACGGCUGGGAGGUGCCCCAGCAGGUCCCGCAUGACUGGAGGAAAAUGGCAGAAGCUGUUCAAAACUACGUGAAGUCCCUGAACUGGGGGCACCGGGUCCAGCUGCAGGAGAGAAAAGUCAGCUACUUUAAUAUGAAGGCCAGCUUUGUGGAUGAGCACGUGGUUCGUGGAGUCGCAAAAGGUGGGAAAGAGACUCUGCUUUCAGCUAAGCACAUUGUCAUCGCUACUGGAGGGAGACCGAAGUACCCCACGCACAUUGAAGGUGCCGUGGAACAUGGGAUUACAAGUGAUGACAUCUUCUGGCUGAAGGAAUCCCCUGGAAAAACGUUGGUGGUUGGAGCCAGCUACGUGGCCCUGGAGUGCGCCGGCUUCCUCACCGGCCUGGGCCUGGACACCACCGUCAUGAUGCGCAGCAUCCCUCUGCGGGGCUUUGACCAGCAAAUGUCAGCCUUGGUCACGGACUACAUGGCUUCUCACGGAACCAGGUUUCUGAAGGGCUGCACCCCCUUGAGAGUGAAGAGGCUCCCGGACAACCAGCUUCAGGUCACCUGGAAGGACACCGCCUCUGGCAGGGAGGACAUGGACACCUUCAACACCGUCCUGUGGGCCAUAGGACGAGUUCCAGAAACCAGAAAUCUGAAUUUGGAGAAGGCUGGAGUGAACACCAACCCUGAGAGUCAGAAGAUCCUGGUUGAUGCCCAGGAAGCCACCUCCGUCCCCCAUAUCUAUGCCAUUGGAGACACAGCGGAGGGGCGGCCUGAGCUGACACCCACAGCUAUCCUGGCAGGGAGGCUCCUGGCCCAGAGGCUCUGUGGCCAGUCCUCAGACCUGAUGGACUAUGACAAUGUCCCCACCACAGUGUUCACCCCGCUGGAAUAUGGCUGUGUGGGGCUGUCCGAGGAGGCGGCUGUGGCACGCCACGGAAAGGAGCACGUGGAGGUUUAUCACGCCUACUAUAAACCGCUCGAGUUCACAGUGGCUGAACGGGACGCGUCCCAGUGUUACAUAAAGAUGGUGUGCCUGCAGAAGCCCCCAAAGCCGGUGCUGGGCCUGCACUUCCUGGGCCCCAACGCAGGUGAAGUUACUCAAGGAUUUGCUCUGGGGAUCAAGUGUGGGGCCUCCUACGCGCAGGUGAUGCGGACAGUGGGCAUCCACCCGACCUGUGCCGAGGAGGUGACCAAACUGCGGAUCUCCAAGCGCUCAGGCUUGGACCCCACCGUGACUGGCUGCUGAGGUUAAGCCGCCAUCCCUGCCAAGCCCAGGGCACACGGCACACCUGCUGCCCCCACAGCCAGGCCCUUCGGGGCUUUGGAUCCAGGACACUGAGGCCCAGCCCAGGCGACCCUCUGCCCUGCCUGGAGAGCCCCAGCCUGGAGAGCCCUGGAGGUAUCUGGCGUGGGCGGCGUGUCUGGAUGGACUGCCCGUGUGCCCUGCAGGGAUGGCUCCCGUGGGACGUCAGCCCCCACACCUGCCCUGUUGCCCCUCCUGCUCGGGCCGGCCCUGCCAGGCCCCCGAUGCCAGAUGAUGACGACCUGCGCAGAAACCCACCCCGUGGGCUGCCCACGUCUGAGCCCCCCUGGUAUUUCUGGAGUGCAAAUAAAGAGGGUGUUUUCCUGAA